AUGGCUUUACAAGACGUCAGUGGCUUUCAGGACACCCUUAUGUCUCACAGGUGGAACACUCCUGCCUCACUCUCUGGGCCUAUGGGAGAUACCACUCCUCUCCUGGACAUGGCUGAUGAAAGGAACCUUGGUUGGGGAAGGUUUAAAUCAUCUGAGAGAGAUGGAGGGGUCCCUCUGCGCUUUUUCAUACCUACCCCUCAGAGCUCUGUUCCUUUCCGCUGUGAAAAUAGACACGCGUCCCUUUCUUCCCUGUCCACCUCCUCAUCACCGCCCACCCGCCGCCCAUUCCCUUUGUCUCAUGGAACCACUACCCUGGCCUUUGUGUUCCAAGGAGGUGUUAUAGCAGCGGCAGACACACGUGCCAGCUGCUCAGGGCUUGUCGCCUGUCCCUCUGCCCAGAAGAUCCUGCCCAUCCACUCCCAUUUACUGGUCACCACUUCAGGCAGUGGUGCAGAUUGCAUGCUAUGGGAGAGAAUACUGGCCAGAGAGAUCCGCCUUUACCAGCUACGCCACGGCCGCCGCUUGUCAAUCACUGGCUCUGCCAAGCUCCUCUCUCAUAUGCUGCACCCAUUUAAGGGGACUGAUGUGUGUGUGGCAGCCACUCUUUGUGGCUGGGAUCGUUGUGGCCCAAAGCUGUUCUAUGUGUGCAGUGACGGCACCCGGCUGCAGGGAGAGCUCUUCUCGGUGGGCUCAGGUUCGCCCUAUGCUUACGGAGUUCUGGAUGGAGAGGUGCAGUGGAGCCUGAAUGAGGAGGAGGCUAUCUCAUUGGCCAGAGAAGCUGUGUACAGGGCCACACACAGGGAUGCAUAUUCAGGGAACUGUGUGGACCUUUUCCACAUCACUGCCCAAGGAUAUUGCCGAAGAGACAGGGAGGAUCUGAGAGAGGAGUACCACAGAGAGAGGGAGAGGGUGCUGAAGAGGGGAAAAGAAAGAGAGCGAGAGAAAGAGAGCGAGGAAGAUAAGAAAUAG